AUGCCCAGGUCUUUUCUCGUGGAUUCGUUGAUUUUAAGAGAGGCCAACGACAAGGGUAACGAGAACAGCUCGCCUCUAUUCCCCUAUGCGGUGCACUCGCCCGGCCACCACCCGCACGGGCUGCCGGGCUCCUGCCACUCCAGGAAGGCCGGGCUGCUCUGCUUUUGCCCGCUUUGCAUGGCCGCCUCCCAGUUGCACCCGUCUCCGCCUGCGCUGCCGCUGCUCAAGGCCUCCUUCCCUCCCUUCGGCUCGCAGUACUGCCACACGGCCCUGUCCCGGCAGCAGGUCUCAUCCAACGGAAUCGGCCUGGGCCACAGCGCCGCCAUGUACCAGGCCGCCUACACGGUCCCAGACCCGCGUCAGUACCACUGCAUCUCCAUCGAAAACAGCAACAGUAAACUGCAGAGCAGCAAGCGGAUGCGCACGGCCUUCACCAGCACGCAACUUUUGGAGCUAGAGCGCGAGUUCACCUCCAACAUGUACCUGUCCAGGCUGAGGCGCAUUGAAAUCGCCACCUACCUCAACCUUUCCGAGAAGCAGGUCAAGAUCUGGUUCCAGAACCGCAGGGUAAAGCACAAAAAAGAGGGCAAGAGUGGCUCCGGCGGCCCACGGACUGCGACCACCGGCUGCAAAUGCUCGUCGGCCGCCAGGUGCUCGGAGGAAGAAGAGGAUGACAUGCCAGUGUCUCCCUCAUCAUCUUCCGAAAAGGAUGAUGUGGACUUGUCCGUCUCGCCCUGA